GACAGAGCUAGAAAACAUCAAGCAUAACUUCACAGUUAUAUUCUCUCUCUCUCUCUCCUCUCUCUCUCCAAACAUGGAAGACAACAUAGGAUUAGGAGCAGGUGGCUCAGGUGAUGAACAAGCAGCAGCACCCCACAUCAAAGAGCAAGACAGGUUACUGCCCAUAGCAAACGUGGGGCGGAUCAUGAAGCAAACCCUGCCACCAAAUGCGAAAAUCUCGAAAGAAGCCAAGGAGAGAAUGCAAGAGUGUGUCUCCGAGUUCAUAAGCUUCGUCACGAGCGAAGCCUCGGAUAAGUGCAAGAGAGAGAGGAGGAAGACCGUGAACGGGGACGAUGUUUGCUGGGCCCUUGCGAAUCUGGGCUUCGAUGAAUAUGCUGGCCCCUUGAAGAGGUAUUUGAAUAAAUAUAGGGAAGUUGAGGGGGAUAGGGGUAAUAAUAGUAAUCAAGUUGGAGAAGGAUAUCAGAGAGAUGAUCAUGUUCAAGAGUUGGAUCAAGGUAAUGCCUCCACUUCUAGGCCUAAUUUCUAAUGGGUUUUUUGGGAAUAGGUUUUAGGAGCAUCUAGGGUUUUUUAAUUUUAGUUUUGAGCUAAGUUAGGGUUUUUGAUUUUUUUAGUUUUGAGCUAAGUUAGGGUUUUUGAUUUGGUUAUAUUGAUGAGUAUUGUCAUAUGGUUUGAUUAUUGGCUGAGAAAUUAAUUUAGUAAUUUUUGUUAGCAA